AUGUCCAAGUUAUCGCCCGCCCUCAAGGCCCUCAUAAACUCCCCCAAUGCGCGUCCAGGCACAAUCCCAGCUCCGGCGCAGAUAGCGUCUGUGUAUGCGAGUAUAGCGAAAGAGGCUGAGCCCAAGAAUGUCGGAUUAAAAGCUUGGUUUAGUGCUGCUACAGCAGCAACAAUGACAAUGAACUCACCCGAAUCAUUGGUUGAAUUACACAAACUAGUCUCUGAAUCAAAAUCCAAAGAGGAGAGUGUAUAUCUUGCUGAAUUGAUUCGUGAGAUCGGAUUGAAAUGUAUUGGAUUCAAUGGUAUACCACGAACAAUAAACUGCCUCGGCGAAUUCCGCGCUGGUCUCCCAAACGACAUCAAAGACGCGCUAGCCACCCAACCACGCCGCAACCUCACACCAGAUGUCAUCCCCGACAUUCUGAAUCGAGGGCACUCAUUAUGGAAGUCUAUAUAUUCUCCAUUUGAGUCAAAACUGCAACGGAAAUUAGCCCUAUCACAUCCAGAUCUUCCGGUUCACAUUAUUGAGAGUGAAUACGGGAAUUUAUUCGCCGAUCCUGCCUCCCCGAUAGAAGGGGUUGUACCAGCCACCGUGGGGAGGGUCCUGACAUCUAUUGUGGCCAUUUCGUGUCUUCGCGCGCAAACGGGUGUUGGACCACAAGUCAUUUCUCAUAUCUUUGGUCUUCGAAAAGCGUUCGGAGAUGGGAGUGCGGAACCCGACGCGGAAAUUCAGGGAGGGGAGUGGUUGGCAUCUGAUGAAGGGAGUAUUUGGUUGAUUGAGGCUGUGGAUCGGAUUGUGGAGAGUAUUGGUGGUGGGCAGGGGACUAAUUUUGCGCCGGGGUUGAGGACGAAAUUAUAA